AUGUUUGAAAAACGAUCGAAUCAGUCACUGUAUGGCCGUGAUGAAUACGAUCACUACGAUGUCUACGGUUACAACGACCAGGACCAACCAAUGUCCACCGAAGAAAAAGCCCUCGUGAGAAAAAUCGAUUUUUACAUCAUGCCUAUCGUUUGCAUCAUCAAUUGCUUACAGUUUAUCGAUAAAUCAACGCUUAAUUACGUAUCGGCACCGUUGACCCAAGAUCUGGAACUCGUUGGAAACCAAUUCAGUUUGUUAGGAUCCAUCUUUUAUCUGGGAUAUCUGUUAUUUCAGGUUCCCAAUAAUUAUAUGCUGCAACGAGUCAACAUUGGCCGAUACAUCGGCGUCCUGGUGGCAAUAUGGGGCGCUGUACUGGCUUGCUCAGCAGCGGGCAAAACAUUUAGCCAGAUGGCAGCGCUUCGUUUCCUUUUGGGAUUCUUUGAGGCUGGCAUCUACCCUUCGCUCACUCUCCUUAUCAGUACCUUUUACCGUCGUUCCGAACAAAUCGCUAGAUUGGGCGCUUUCUGGCUGUGCAAUGGUAUCGCUCUCGUGGUCGGUGGUCUCAUCAGUUACGGUAUCCUUGCCAUGCCAAACACACUGGGCCUUCACCAUUGGCAAUGGAUCAUGAUUAUUCUCGGUUCGAUCACGGCAUUUAUGGGCCUUUUCUGCUUCUUUUUCCUUAUCGAUAAUCCGAAAUCGCGCGCCUUGGGUCUCAACGCCGAACAAGAAAUUCUCGUCGAAGAACGUACGCGAGACAAUGCUGUCGUACGCACGACCAUGAUCAAACGCGACCAGAUCAUCGAAGCUAUGAAAGAAAUCCGGUUCUGGUGCUUUUGCGUCGCUUGUCUUUUAAUCAAUCUGCAAAACGGCGCCAUCACCAUUUAUAAUACUCAAAUUACCGCAGGCUUCGGUUUUUCGGGCUUAGAGGCUGUGUUGCUCAGUAUUGGCGCGGGAGGAGCCGUCGUUAUCUCCAUCUGUAUUGCUGUUUACAUUGUUCAAAAGACCAAGCAAACCUUGUACACCGCAGUGGGGCUUUUGGUCAUUGAUAUUAUCGGCUUGAUUCUGCUGGAAGUGAUCCCACCGCUUCGCGUCAAAUUGGUCGGUUUUUACUUGUCUUGGACUUAUUGCGCGGCCUACGUUCUGCUGGUGUCUUCCAUCACCAAUAACGUCUCUGGUUAUACCAAAAAAAUCUUUUACAACGGUAUUCUCAUGGUGUUUUACACACUCGGCAACUUUUGUGGACCGCUCAUGAUGAACAGUUCCCCCGCGCCAUCAUAUUUGGGGGCCAUGGUUGGUUACAUCGUGGCCAACUUUGUCGCCGCUAUUUUGCUUUUGAUUGCACGCUGGAGAAUGGCCAUUGUGAAUCAGCGCCGAUUGACCACCUCGUCGGCCAUAAUGACCAACGUCGAAGACGAUCUUAGCGAUGUACAAGAUCCCAACUUCAUUUAUCGUCUUUAA